AUGUCAUCACUACAACCCAACUCUCUAAAAGACUUCCUACUAAAGAAUCUCCCAUCAUCACCCGACAAAUCUCGAUGCUGCUUCUUCAGAUGGCCAGUUGGUUGA